CACAUUUCCGCGUACGUGAGGGAAUUAUCAAAACAGGUUAGUGUUUUUACUGUUUCCUCUGGGUUUUGAAAGGAAGUUUCAAGUCUUGACUUAAGGGCAUAUGAAGGAAGCCAUUUCAAGAUAACAAGAUUAUAAACACAGCCAUUUGCAGACACAAGCUGAAGAAAUACAGGCUAUUUGAAAAAUUACAAACAUGGAGGAAAAGAUGAUGUUCGGUAUAAAUGGCAUGGAGCAAAACGAUGCAGGAGCUCUUACGCCUGAGCAGCAAGAAAAACUCAACGAAUUUAAGGUAAAUAUUCUGUUUUCUUCAACAAGAUUUUUCGGUUAAGAAGAGACAGACGGUUUUUAUUAUUCCAAUUUUUCACGCCCAUAGAUCAACACAAGGUUUGGAAAUGAGAGAUACUUGAGGGAACAUCCAGAAGUCUCUUGUCUUUUGACUGGUUUUCUUGGGUGAGUUUCUCUUUUUGUCGUAGCAUAACGAACAUGAAAAGAAGUCUUAUCGCAUUUGAUUUGCUGUUGCUCGACUUUUUCUUGAUGAUAAGUAUUUGAACUUAUGAAUUAUAGUCAACAGUAGUAAGUUUCAUACUUUCGUGACGUGUGUCUAAUUGCAUGCUUAACGUGUGCUCAGCGCUUCUUUUGAUGAUAUUGUAAUUCUCACGUCCUAAACCAAAAGUUGCGAAUGUAGCAAACCUGGCUUACCUGACUUGCUAAAUCGUUGAAAUUUGAAAUUUGUAAAGUAAAAUUGAUCAAGAGUGCAGUAUUGAUAUUGGUUUAAUAAUAAGUAAAUUACAACUAUCUUGUUCCUGUUCAUGGAGGGUUUUUAAGAGAUGGAGAACAUUAAGUUGUGAUAAUUUGUGUUGGUAAAUAAUGGUAAUUGAACUAAGUGGAGUGCAAUUUGGUCUAAAAACAACGUGUGAUUACAAAAUCGAAUGAGGCAAGCCGACCAAGGUGUCAAGUAUGAUUUCAGACCAAAUUUGCAUGACACGAAGUUCAAUUAACACUUUAUUAUAGCCAGUUUGAAAUCACAGAAUUCAGUCAGAACCAGUUCAUUGAUCAAGUAGCCGAUUUUUUGAAAAAUGGAAACAAAAAGGCUUUUACAACUCAGAAAUGAUAUGAUAUGGAACAAAAAGUGGUGUGAUUUAAAACAGAAGUGUUGUAAUUUAGAACCGUUGAAUGACGCAAUUUAGAACUGAUGUGAUUUAGAGCAAAAAAUAGUGUGAAUCUAAUUGCGGGGAUCACAAUUGAUUACAAAAUGAAUGUAAUAAAAGCAAUUAUUAUUAUUUAGUGCUGGGUCCAACAGCAUGAUGAUUCAGACGUACAGUAAAAAUGAUUUGUAGUUAACUUAAAAAUUGGCCAGCAGAGUAUAUCACUAGACCCCAGUUGUUGUAGUGGUGGACAUCACCAUUGUACCCUGGACAGACUUUCAGCCAGACAUUGAAAACUGGCCGUCCAGAAGGCUUGUUGUCCCAUAAAAUUAUAAGAGAUUAAGUGAAUUUUCCUUGUAUUUCUUCCAAAAAUGGGUGUCCAUAGGACGGCUGGACACCCUUCUGGCUAAAACCUUGACCCUGGCUAAAUCACUUUCCACCAGAUAACACAAAAUUAAUGGUUUCCCUAAAACUUAUAUACUGGAUAAUGAUUAAUGUCCAGUGGAUAACCCUACCGAAUGUUUGAACAACUUGGUUCCGGUCCACUUUGUCCUUUAAUAUGAGACUGCAAGCAAACUGAAAAGCUGGCUUUACACCCUAGGGCCCAGCUGUUGGAAGGCUGAUUAGCACUUGUCCAGGGUUAAAUUUUAAUGCGGGUUUCUUUUUCUUUUGUUAGAAAGCAUUUUCUUGGAUUGUUUUUCCUACUGUUUUUAGACCAUCCAAUCAUCAAAUUGUAGAGAAAAAGAAUAAAACUGAGUUUGCUUUUUAAGCUUUGAUAUCCAAAUUCAAAAUUUAGCACUAACCCUGGGUUAUCUUAACUCAGUUUUGAACAACUCAGCCCAGACCUUAAGGAUUUUAAGAGGAUUGAUGGUCUUUUUUAUCUUUCACAUGUCUGCAGAAGUAUUUUGCAAGAAAGACCAGAAAAUGUCAGAGAAUAUGCAUCAAGUGAGUGAGGUUUCUUUAGUACUUUCUCAACCACAUUAGCCUGUUCACAGGCCUUCUAUAUUUUUUCUCUUUAGAGUGUACACUGAGCUGAAAACCAUAAGAUUUUACUUACUUCUGGUGCAAGAGGAAAGUGCAAAUGAGAAAACAUGUUUUGUAGACAUCUUAUUUUAUGAGCUUGGAAAUAUAUUUUUUGUUAAAUACAGUGAAACCUGUAUUGAGCAGACACCCUCAGGGAAUGCUGUAGUGUCUGCUUAAUACGGGGUGUCCGCCAAAUUCAGGUUUUGAUAGAUAAAGUCAUAUGAGGUGUCAAAUGCCAUUCAAAUGAACACUAACAGUGGAAACGCUUAGAAUACUUGCACAGGCUAUGAUGAUAUACGUUUGCAUUUAAUCUUUAUUAAAGUGGACCAAUUGAUCAUAGUACUUUAAACAUAGAUUGCAACUCAAAUUUGAAGAAAUCAGACAAGUGAAACAAGCUCUAUACAAAAUAGAAAAAUAGAAAUAGAAAACAAUACUGUACAGUGAAACUAAUCAAAUAAGUUCAUCAAUUCACGUUUUUUAAUGUGAAAAUCGAAAAAUUUGUGGGUGACAAUCUUUUGCAUUUCCAGUGUCUGGCAUGUUGAGUGGUAGAAUUUAAUUACAAGAGUCCGUUUAUUACAGGUUGGCAAUAAUAAAAAUGACCAUUUCAGGUACAUUGUAGGUGUCCAUGUCCGCUUAAUAGAGAUUUCAUUUAAAGUAAAGAAGGGAAAUAAAUUUGGGGACUUCGGCUACUGUCCGCUUCAUAGAGGGUGUCUGCUUUAUAAAAUUCAUGAUUUGCAAUGAAGAAAUCCCCGACGCAAACACAAACUUUUAGCAGUAUCUUGCUUUGGGUGUUGGCAACGUUUGAAACCCCUGACUAGAUGUGCAUAAAUCUUCUUAUCAUACUGAGCCUUAACCCAGGAAUUGCUGAAUAUCACCCUCCAUAUUUUUCUCACUGCUCCCAUACAUUUCUUGUGAUAUUGGUGAGGAGAAUUUGUUUAAUAAUGAAGACCUUAGUACCCUGGUCCCAGAGGUUUUCCUUGAAAACCGAGCAAGCAAGAUGCAAAGCGGCGAGGAGGAAGAGAAACAAGGUUUUUCCCUCUCUCCUCCCCUCUUUGCAGCUCGCUCUUUCCUUUGUGAAGAAAAAAUUGAAGGAAAACCUCUGGGACCAGGGUACGUCCUUAGGUAGUUACAUGGUUUGAUUAUUCCCUGCUUUCUCAUGAUCUUAAGGUAAGUAGUGUAAUCAUGACUGUGAUCUUCAAAUAACAGAAUUCUGAUUACAAAAAACUUUUUUUUUUUGUAAUACUGAUAUUUUUGUUUAUGUUUUUAUUACAGAGUAUUUUUCAAACCCUGACUUACCCAGUAAAGUGGAAUUACAAGUUGCAGAGUUAAAUAGCAGACUUAAAAGAACAAACAGACCCUAAUGGUGAUAUCACAAAUAUCAGUGAAAUAACUUUUGCAUUUUUUAAGCUGUACUUGAUUUUAAAUAUGCUUCUGUAUAAUAUAAACUGGUCACUUUAUUUAAUUAAUCUGCCACUGUUUUUAAUCGUAAC